UGUGCACAUUACUUGUUUAAUUUUCCGAACAUGGGACACAAGUCUGCAGGUUCAGUUAUGCCCUAAUUAUUUUUGUACUUUUGUACCUUGUGGUCAAUGGAGCAUGAAAAAAAUCUUAAGAAUGAAUUGAUUGUCAUGUUUUUCUUUGAAUUUAUCUGAUAUUUGAUUUAUCUAAUGGCGUACUGAUGAAAGUGCCUUCUCUUGAUUGGGAAAAAUCCUUUCAAGGAACAUAUUUGCAUCAUAAGAAAAUCAAGGCUGCCCAAGGUAUCAAGAUAACCUCCCAGGCUUUGAGCAUGCGAUUGCUGGCACUAGUCUAUAUGUUGUGGGGCCUGCUGAUGAUGUGGAAGACAUCAAAGAAGCAGCUAUGGAAGAUAUGAAGUCAGUGAUGAGCAGGAUCGACAAAACUGGAGAGGGAGUAUAUGUUCAAGCAACUACACUUGGAUCAUUAGAAGCUUUGCUGGAAUUUUUGAAGACCCCAGGAGUAAGCAUACCUGUCAGUGGGAUUGGCAUAGGUCCCGUGCAUAAAAAGAAUGUCAUAAAAGCUAGUGUUAUGCUUGAGAAGAAGAAAGAGUAUUCAACCAUCUUGGCCUUUGAUGUUAAAGUGACACAGGGAGCUCGGGAACUUUCAGAUGAACUUGGUGUCAAAGUUUUUAUGGCUGAUAUUAUAUAUCACUUAUUUGAUCAGUUUAAAGCUUACAUUGACACUAUCAAGGAAGAAAAAAAGAAGGAAGUUGCUGAAGAAGCAGUCCUCCCCUGUGUGCUCAAGAUCAUACCAAAUUGUGUCUUCAAGAAGAAGGAUCCAAUUGUUCUGGGAGUUGAUGUUCUUAAGGGCAUUUUCAGGAUUGAGGAGCUUGAAUUGAAGAAGAAGCAACAAGAAACCAAAGCUAUUGAAACUUCAAGGAAAGCUAUUCCAUCAAUGGAAAAGUGCAAGAAACAAUUAAUGAUAGCCAAUUCAGAUUUCAUGGAAAAAAUGGAGGAUAAGUUUCUGAACCUGGUGUCUAAACUGGAAGAAAAAGAUAAGGCGAUCACAUUAUUUAUGUUGUCGGCUGAAUAAUUUGUUGAAGUUAAGAAAAAGGAAGUGGAACAAGGAAGUGAGAAAUAGGGAGUGCAAGCAGUAGAUGUAGCAAUGGAGAGUUCAAAUGAUCAGAGAAAUGAGCUAACAACAAUUAACCCCAGAAAAGCAAAAAAUACUCCCCCAGCAGCUGAGGGAAAAGAUGCCAAGAUACAAAGGCUUAAGAGUGGCUUCAGACUGUGAAAACCCCAGGGUAGUUUCCUUUGGCUAAACAUGGUCCGCAAGAGUAAUGGUUGAACAUGUCCCCUCAGGUUCUGGUCCAGGUUGAAGAUCUUUAUAUGGUCCAAACACCACCCUCAGUCUCUUCUUCUACUGCCAUAGCUCCUCCUUCAUUGCUUCUUUACACUAAUAAUUUUCAUAACAACAACCUAGCAUCCCCUGUCAAGCCUGUCCCUGAAAGACGAACAGUCACUGCUACUGUCUCCACCAUAUCUAGUGAAACUUGCUAUGAAGUUGGGGAUAACAUGAUGAACUAGUCAACUGGAAACAAGACAACUACUCUCAUCAAAUUAAAUGAUGUCCCUCAUAACGUUGGUGAAGGAUUUCUCCAAGCCCUAAUAUCAAGACAAACUAUAACCACAACAACUACCGUCAUACCUCAUGCAUUCUCCUCUCCGGUGAAGGGAGUCAAGAUGAGUAAAGCACAGCAAUCUUCAGGGGAUGACAGGGCUAGCCAUGUUAGCAUCAGUAGGAAGGAGUACGGUCAUCAACAAGUAAGAAAAUGUUGUUCUUCUUCUGCCAUAUCAUUGCCCCAGGGAGCUGCAAGUUGGUUAGUUCUGGCUAUUCCAAGAAACAUUGCCUCAGAUGAGUCCAUCAUUUAGGGGAACUAAAUAGAGUACUAGUAGUAGUAACUAAGACUAUUAGGUCCUUGUUUCUAAGCAUAAUUUGAAGAUGUUUUUUUUUUGCCUCAAUCGAAUUGCUUUUCCAGUGGAUGUUUGCUUACCUUCUAAUGGUAUCGAUAGGAAUCUAUAUCACACGAUAAGUGCAUGUUUAAUUCUCGGUAUAUUCGUGUUCCUUAUCCCACGUAAUAGAAAAAUUGAUCUGAUGUUUUUUUCUUUUCAUAGUUGCUGCUGAGCCUAUGGAAACUCAUUUUUGUUGUACUCCUUGUGAUAAAACUUAUGGAUUGAGAACAUUUGCAGGAUGCGUGGAACAUAUUAUAGAUACCAUAAGAAGGAAAAUGCCGGUAAUUGAAUUGGAAUUGUGGCCAGAAGUAAAACUUGAUCUAUUGUAGUGAACGAUGAAUAGUUUUUGUAGUACUAUUGCCAUAUAUUUUUGAAUGCAUUUGGUGUUGUGGAGUUUAUUGAUAGUAGAUAUCUUUAAGCAAUCACUUUCUAAGUAUUGGUUGUACAAGACAUAUUUCUCGAAGUUUAUUUG